AUGGUUUUGCCAAUAAGCCAUCACGGUUUGACACUCCUUCAAAAGUCUUUGAUCACAUCUGAGGAAGAAAACUUGAAUACAAGACUGAGGAAAGAGUGGAGUUUUUUAGGGGUAAAGCAAGUGAAACUAAAACCUUGCUCUCCAGGUUCCCUGGCAGUUUUACCUGAAGCAUACAGAAAUANUGGCGUCAUAGAGAUCUUACUCAAAGGUAACGAUCGCCCCAUCUUCAUGGACCAUUACGCCCACAUGACCUUCAAGACGGCGGUGUCCGUUGCUGAGGCCUCGUCGCGAUUGAAGCUGUUUCGGCACAAUGACAUGGACCAUCUUCGUUUUCGGAUAGAAAAAGCUGGGAGCGGAGUUGUCGUCGUGGAUUCGAUAUACAGUACUAACGGAGAUGAAGCACCGAUGGCAGAAUUGGUAGAGUUGUGCCGCCGUCUGGAUUGCAUCCUCGUCGUUGAUGAGAGCCAUGCUGUUGGGGUUGUGGGAGAUGCAGGCGAGGGCCUGGUAGCCCAUCUAGGGCUAGAAGACGGCGUUCAUGUUAGAACGGCGUCCUUGGCUAAGGCUCUAUCGUGUCAAAAUGGUGUUGCUGCAAGCAGCAAGGAAGUCACGGACUGCUUCAACAACGCGACCACAUUAGCCGUAUUCAGCCAGAAUGUACAAACCCCCAGCGCUGUCAAAGUCAAAAAGGCGAUAGAGUUAGCAAUACUGGCAACCCAACAGCGGGAUGACUUGCGAAAUCUUUCCAAAUCAUUUCGGCAACAGCUUAAAGAAGCCGGCUAUCCAGUAACAGGAAACGCAAACCAUCCGAUAGUGUCUCUGAUGGUUGGUGACCAGGAAAGGGCGAUGUAUACACAUAAUGUGCUUUGCUCCUAUGGAAUCUUCCCGUUGAUUUUUUUAUAUCCCACCACUCCAAGGAACGAGGCCUUGAUGAGAUUUGUCAUCAACCAGUACGUGACGCCAGAGAAGGUAGCAUACACCGUUAAAACAUUGAAGGAUCUCAGACAAGACCUGAAGCCAUGGACAUGGGCUGGGGAACAGAGAAAUAAAAAGCAGAAUAUAGAAAACAGUUCGAACUAA